CCUGCGCCCUCGGGGGCGCCCCAUCGCGGGAAGGGGGGGUCCGCCGCGCCCCGGUCGCCUGGGGGCGGAGAGGUGGCGGGAACCUCCUUCCCGUUUCCGCCGCGGGCAGCGUGCCGGCCAGUGCCACCGGGAGGCGCGGUCGUCCCUCCGCCCGCGCGCCGGGGGCCGGCCCUGCCGCCUGCGCCUUUUUCUCCGCGCUCACCGCGGCGGCGCGCGGCCACUAGCCAACCGCAGGGAGCGCGGUGGCUGCAGCGCCCUGCGCUCGGAAGAUGGUCCCCGCAGCCGGACAGCUCGCUCUGCUAGCGCUGGGUAUCUUGUUAGCUGUGUGCCAGGCUCUGGAGAACAGCACGUACCCCCUGAGUGACUCUCCCGUGGCCGCUGCUGUGGUGUCUCAUUUCAACGACUGUCCGGAUUCGCACACUCAGUUCUGCUUCCAUGGGACCUGCAGGUUUUUGGUGCAGGAGGAGAAGCCAGCCUGUGUCUGCCACUCUGGGUACGUGGGUGCCCGCUGCGAGCAUGCAGACCUCCUGGCCGUGGUGGCUGCCAGCCAGAAGAAGCAGGCCAUCACUGCCUUGGUGGUGGUCUCCAUUGUGGCCCUGGCUGUCCUGAUUAUCACCUGUGUGCUGAUCCACUGCUGCCACGUCCGCAAACACUGUGAGUGGUGCCGUGCCCUCGUCUGCAGACACGAGAAGCCCAGCGCCCUCCUGAAGGGAAGGACUGCUUGCUGCCACUCUGAGACAGUGGUCUGAAGAUCCCAGGGGAGGAAUUUGGCCAGGUGGCCUAUGGCAGCCCACCGAUGGAAAAGCUUCUUGGGACACCAUCACCAGCCGUGCCCAGGCACCUGGGACGUGCUGGCAGACCUUCCCCUCAGCGCACAAUCGCCUGUGCGGCCUUCUGGCCUCUGCGGGCCUUCAAAACUGUGUGAUAACUCUGCCUGCUGGGUUUCCUCAGCGCACCCUCGAGAAGAGGCCAGUAGACCAUGUUUUCAGACAAGUUGAACAAGAACCUCAAAGAGCUGGCCUCCUUGCUAACCCACACCAGGCAUGUGCUUGGGUUGGACUCCAGGCUGUUUCUUCUCAAUGGGCCAUCUGGUCCCAGCAGAGACUCCAUGGUUGGUGUACACAAUGGACAAGGGAAAAACGUCUCUUGUUGUAUGAAGACAGUGUGGCCUCCUAUGAGCCUUGACAUCUUCUCAAGCUGUUGCCAGGAUGUGUGUCUUAUUUAUUAGAUGGAUAACGGUCUUAUUGGUAAUCUUGUAAGUCAAUGUCAGGCAUCCGCAUUAACGAUCCGUAAGUGGCUGGCUGUGAAGUUACACCAGCUACAGAUGUCCAGCCACUUUGAUAAAGCAGGACUGCAGGGAGAGCGGCCUCCUGGGGGCUGUGGAGACAGCAUUCAAAAGUGCAUUCUGAUGGGAGCAAAUCUGCUAUUUGGAGGUUAUGCCCUCUAAGAUACAAAGCAGGAACGUCCCCCAGAUACACACUGUAGCAAAGUUAGCAAGGCCAGUGACAGAGAGAGUCACCCUGAUGGGGACAAGAACACAAGAGAGCCUA